ACUUGGCGUCUUCAUCCUUUCAGGCUUACAACAGGGCAUCUGCCUGUUCCUCUUCUCUCCCAGCACGGAACCUUAUUGGGAGGUAUUGGGUCUCAGGGAGCCAUUCUUGACUCUAGCCUCCCUAUCCAGGCCGCAGGGAUGCAGGCUGCUGGGACCUGGCCGCCCCUCCUGUUGCUGCUUCUGCUCCUGCUGCUGCCCAGCUCCGAGGGCCAGGACUCGGCUCCGAACUGCAGUCUGCCCUUGGACCACGAAAACUGCACCUGUCAGUCUGUCCCGGAGCUCCAGAGCUGCUGGGACCAGCUAACCUGCAUCAACGGCUCGGGCUACUACGUCAACCUAAUCUCUUACUACCAGCGAUACUGCGAACCGCGCCGUGAGCUGCCCGUGGGCACCAUCGUGGGCAUCACCGUGGGGCUGGCGCUGCUGCUGCUAGCCGGGGGCGUCGUGGGGACGGUCCUGAGGAUUCACAGGAAACGGGGGUCGGCCGCCCCCGAGCCCUCUCCGUGGAAGCCUUCGGAGGGCAGCGCGAGCUCGGCCUCGGUCUUGCAACCUCGUUACAGCAGCCGGAGCUUCACUAUGCCCUCUGCUAGUCCAGACCCAAGCAGCCCUGCAGCUCUGCUCUAUGAGAACUUGUUUCUGGACUCCCAGACCAGCGGCCAGAGUUCGGACCCUGGUCACAGUCGAGGGGCUUCCCCAGAGCCUGAGGACCUCUAUAUGAACUAUGAGGACAGCUCCAGGUCUGAGCAUCCCAUCUAUGGCAAUGUGGAUAACGUGACCUGCAUCCCAGACCGCCAAAUGUCCCCUCAGUCUGGGGCCGAGGAUGAAGAUGACUAUGUGGUGCCGGGAUGCUGAAUUCACCAGACUGGGAAACCUGGACCUAAAGACCCAGGACCAGCACCUUUAUCUCACCAGACUUUAUGCAAUUGAGCCAGCCAGUUGGCUAUGCCCAAGACUCCAGGCAGGAACUGAAGAGAGUUGGGGCAGCUCCGAAAGUGUAAUAAAGCAAUUCGCUAUAGGCUGAAAUGUCUCUGCCCUUCCCCGCCCCAUCUUCCUUCCUUAUUUCUCCAGGGUCCAAUUCUGAUCACCAGAGCUGCUCUCUGUCCCUUUCCUACUGCAGAGUAGAGCUAACCAAACCGGAAGUUACCCCUCCCCCUUUGCUGGGCUUGGGUUCCAAAAAGGGAAAGAGAAUGGGGGAGUAACUGAGACCUAUGAACCGGACUUGGUGAGGGUGAGCUGACUGUGGGAGCAGGGUGAAAGCUCAAGUGCUGGUGCUUCCAGGCCAGCAGUGGCUGGGAGGACUUUGUGCCCCAUCGUCAUCCCCUACCCUCAGGGAAGGGGGUGCAGGCCAAGUUAGGAUUCCAACUUUGUGGGGGAAGGUUGACCUUCCCAUAGAUCUGCUAGCAGCCCCUCAGUGCAAUGUAAUUCAGCAAACAUUUGUUAACCAUCUAUUAUGUACAAAGAAUUGUGCUUGGUGCUGGCAAUACAGACAAAAAAGAAAAGAAAAGGAAGAAAGAAAAAGAAAGAAAAGGAGAGAUUGGCUGAUUAAAUCAAAAAAGUGUCUUUUUUUAAAGGA